AUGUCGGCUAGCAGAUCACCCUCUCCUGGCAGGUUCAAGAACAAAGCUCUUCAGCUCAGCCUCUCCAAGAAAUUCUGCUCAAAGUCACGGCCCACCUCCGGCCACGGGUCCCCUAUGCGGUCGGCUCUGAAGGGCUCCGGAGAGGAGGGAGGACACCGGAAGAGCAAAAGGAACCUCAGCCACAACUCAGCAGUGGCUGCUGCCUACAUCUCGUACCUCAAUAAACUGUUUGGACAGGAUAGAGAGCUUAUGCCAGAGGAGUUGGAUGAACUUCAGGAGGCCUUUAAGGAGUUUGACUAUGAUGGGGAUGGCUUUAUCCAUUACAAAGACAUAGCAGACUGCAUGAGGACCAUGGGCUACAUGCCCACAGAGAUGGAGCUUAUCGAGAUUAUCCAGCAAAUUAAGAUGAAAUGGGGCGGUCAUGUGGACUUUGAUGAUUUUUGUGAGUUAAUGGGUCCAAGAAUGCUCGCUGAGACGGCUCACAUGGUUGGGCUGAAGGAACUUCGCUCUGCCUUCAAGCAGUUUGACUGCGAUGGUGAUGGGAAGAUCACAUUGGACGAGCUAAAGGAAGCCAUGAAGAAUCUCCUGGGGGAGAAGUUGAAGAAAGGUGAGCUGGAGGAGAUCCUUGGUGACAUUGACCUCAACAAAGAUGGAAACAUCGACUUUGAUGAAUUUGUCAUGAUGUUGUCUGCACGGUGA